CCUGAACGCAGACAAUUUUGCAAAUGGCCGUGCAAAUGUCCACGCAAACCUUUAUGUUUACCUGGAGUGAGUCUGGUUACUGAUGGCUGUGGAUGUUGCAAAACCUGUGCAAAACAAUUUGGGGAGCUCUGCACUGAAGCUGACACCUGUGACCCUCACAAGAACCUGUACUGUGACUAUUCUGGUGAUAAACCUAAAUAUGAAUUUGGCGUAUGUGCAUAUACAAUUGGAGUCGGAUGUGAAUCAAAUGGAAACUAUUAUAAACAUGGGCAGUCCUUCCAACCAGACUGUCACUAUAAAUGCAUGUGUGUGAAUGGUGCGUUUGGAUGUACGCCCACCUGUACAAAGAAGCUGGCAGCUGGCCAGUGCAGAAAUCCCAAGGCCAUUAAGAGAUCUGAAUAUUGUUGUGAAAGGUCCAUUUGUGAUAAGACUGGAGAGAACAGCCACCAGGCUGCAAUGUAUAGAGUAAUGUCUGCUUAUAAGGCAAGGCCAAUAACAUGGCGAAAACAAUGCCCUCUUCAAACAACUCCAUGGAGCUCAUGUUCAAAAUCUUGUGGCCUAGGAAUUUCAGUCCGAGUGACAAAUGACAACAGGAAAUGUGAACUUGAAAGAGAAAAUAGAUUGUGCUUUAUUCGACCUUGCAUUACAAGACUUCCGAAAAAUUUAAAGAAAGGCAAGAAGUGUCUACAGACAUUCAGGCCUUCCAAAGCUGACAGGUUUGUUCUUUCUGGCUGCGCAAGUAGAAGAACUUACAGGCCGAUAUUCUGCGGUACAUGCUCAGAUUCCCGUUGCUGUAUUCCUAACAAAGAGAAAACUGUGAAAGUAGAAUUUAACUGCACUGGUGGAGAAAUGAUCACGUGGAAGAUGAUGUGGGUCACAUCUUGCAAAUGUCAACAGGUCUGUAUUGACUCAGAGGACAUCUUCUCAGAUUUGAGACUACUAUAG